AUGAGCACCGCCAGGCUCGCAGACCUCCCUUCGCUCGCGGCCACUCAGCCUCUUUUCUUUCCUGCACCUCGCGGUCACAGACCUCCCUCCGUUUAUAUGGGCCCCAAACCAAACAAAGCCACCCCUUCCCUAAAGUUGCGAUGCUCGGUAGCCAAAGAGUCCACGAUAUCUCCAUUGGGUGUGAGUGGAGAGGGUGGGCAGUUGGGAGCCGUUGACUGCAUUGUGGUGGGCGGUGGAAUCAGUGGGCUCUGCAUCGCUCAGGCGCUGGCCACCAAGCACGGCGACGCCGUUCCGAAUGUGAUAGUGACGGAGGCCAGAGACCGCGUGGGAGGCAACAUAAUCACCGUCCAGAAGGACGGCUAUCUCUGGGAAGAGGGCCCCAAUAGUUUUCAGCCGUCGGAUCCCAUGCUCACCAUGCUGGUGGACAGUGGUUUGAAGGAUGAUCUGGUUCUUGGGGAUCCUAAUGCACCUCGGUUUGUGUUGUGGGACGGCAAGUUGAGGCCUGUACCCUCCAGCCCAGCUGACAUACCUUUCUUUGACUUGAUGAGCAUCGGCGGCAAACUCAGGGCUGCCUUUGGCGCUCUUGGCAUUCGCCCUUCCCCUCCUCCUCCAGGUCAUGAGGAAUCAGUCGAAGAGUUUGUGCGUCGUAAUCUCGGAGAUGAGGUUUUUGAACGCUUGAUUGAGCCUUUCUGUUCAGGUGUUUAUGCGGGUGAUCCUUCAAAGUUAAGUAUGAAAGCAGCAUUUGGCAAAGUUUGGAAUCUAGAGCAAAAUGGUGGCAGUAUCGUUGGUGGCGCUUUUAAAGCAAUCCAGGAGAGGAAGCGUGCUCAUAAGACACCUCGAGAUCCGCGCCUACCAAAACCGAAGGGCCAAACAGUUGGAUCUUUUAGGAAGGGCCUUUCUAUGUUGCCAGAUGCAAUUUCUUCAAGGUUGGGAAGCAAAGUAAAGUUAUCUUGGAAGCUUUCAAAUAUCAGUAAAUUGGAUACAGGAGGGUACACUUUGACAUAUGAAACACCAGAAGGAUUGAUUUCACUACUGAGUAAAAGUGUUGUGAUGACUGUUCCAUCCCAUGUAGCAAGUAGCUUAUUGCGUCCUCUAUCUGGUGCUGCUGCAGAUGCACUAUCAAAAUUUUAUUACCCACCAGUUGCAGCAGUUUCUAUUUCAUAUCCAAAAGAAGCAAUUCGGACUGAAUGCUUGAUAGAUGGUGAACUGAAGGGUUUUGGUCAAUUGCAUCCUCGUAGCCAAGGGCUGAAAACAUUAGGAACUAUAUACAGCUCAUCACUCUUUCCUAAUCGUGCACCACCUGGAAGGGUACUGCUCUUGAACUAUAUUGGAGGUGCCACCAAUCCUGGGAUUUUGUCAAAGAAAGAGAGCGAGCUUGUUGAAGCAGUUGAUCAAGAUCUGAGAAACGUCCUCCUAAACCGUAAUGCUAAGGAUCCACUUGUAUUGGGUGUGAAAGUAUGGCCACAAGCCAUUCCACAGUUCUUGGUUGGUCAUUUUGAUGUCCUAGAUGCUGCAAAAGCUGCUUUAAGUGAUUCCCAAGGGUUGUUUCUGGGUGGCAACUACGUCACUGGUGUAGCCUUGGGUCGAUGUGUUGAGGGUGCUUAUGAUGUUGCAGCUGAGGUGGCUAAUUUUGUAUCACGAUAUGCUUACAAAUAG